UUUUUUUAGCCUUUUGUUUGUCAUUAAGACAAUGUUUCCAUCAGGGAAUCUCCAGAGCCAGUUGUUUCAAGGUGAACACCAAUGUCCUCCAUCGGAACUGCUGAAGGGGCCUUGGGAAGCUGCCCUGCCCGAUGUGAAGGUGCCCGGUGGGUCACGUGGGAUGACAGUGCCCUAAAGCAGGUGCCUGACUCUCGGGUUGCAAGAUUCGGAUGGGAUCCCACUGCAACAGUCUCCGUUAGCAGCUUAGCGGUCCGCAUCAAUCCCGUUCCAAGUUUGGCGAUUUUCCUCCUAGCUGUCACUAAAGAACUGACAAGGACAGCUCAAAGAAGGAAGAGUCUAUUUUACUCACAGUUAGAGGCUACACGCUAUCAUGGCAAGAAGGCAUCAGGGCAGGAAAAGGAGGCUCGUUAUCAUGUAGUGUCCACGGUCAGGAAGCAGAGGAGAGAGACGGCCACUGCUACCUAGCUCACACUCCUUUUUCCUUCAGUCCAGGAGCCCAGCUAAUGGCGUGGCAACACCCAGGUUUCGCUUGGGUCUUUUUAACUCAAGAGUCCCUCACAAACAUGCCUAGAGGUUUAUAAUCUCCUAAGUGAUUCUAGGUCCUGUCAAGUUGACACUAUUAAUCAUCCCCUCAAACCUAGGGUGACUUAGCUGGAAAUCUCCCCUCCACCCCUGUCUUGAGAUCUUUGUCCCUUGAUGGCUUCAUGGUAGCCUCUGGGCUGCGGUAAAGCACACUCUUGAGAUACAGAAAGCUUCCUGUGUCUGCUGACUCCUCUAGUUGGCUUGCUUCCGCCCCACCCUCAGGAUUCAGGCUGGCAUCUAGUGGAACAUGUAUGGCGUGUUCAAGGUAUCCCCGGAUUCUUCAGGCAUUUAUCUUAACUGAUCCUCAGGAACUACAGGAGGUGGAGAGCAACAUCUGAAGAAUGGGGAAUGAGGCACGUGGAGUCUGCCCAGGAGGUAGGCAGGAACAGGGUCUCCAGCCAAGGCUUUGAGCACUAAACACUCCAGUAGCACCAGAACCCAGCACUGGGUUCAUACCUCAAGGCUCCUUUUAGGAGAGCAAUUUUUUUUCUUUUUUUUUUUUUUUUCGGAGCUGAGAACCAAACCCAGGGCCUUGCGCUUACUAGGCAAGCGCUCUACCACUGAGCUAAAUCCCCAACCCCAGGAGAGCAAUUCCUUAGAGAUGCUUUUUAAGCUAAACCCCAACGCCCAUGUCUCCCUUUGCUAUACGUUUCCUCACAACACCAAGCAACUCCUGGCCUCUGACCUCACAUAUUUAUUCUCUGGUGUAUACCCCUCACUGGGUUUUCUGCUGUGAAAGAAGAACCAGGUCUUGACCUCUGCGUCUCUGUACUCCCUGUACCCGGGUCAAUAGGCCAUGAUAAAGAGUGAAAUAGAUGGACUAUAGUUACAUGGCUUAGUGGUUAAUGGUGACUGUCAUCAUGGCUGACCCUCUGAGUUCAAUCUCAGCAAAAGACCUUACCCAUUAGAGCAGAGACAACCAACUAACUCUCUCAGAGCCUGUAUCCUGACCUCUACACACAUACGUACGUGCAACAUACAAUAAAUACGCGUGACUUUUCAGAUGGCUUUCAAAAGAAUGGAAAUGCUCCAACACUCGCCAUGAGCUGAGGGGCAAUUGUUUGUUAGGUUCAGAAUGUUUUGUUCUUCAAGCGUGUUCCAAACAUGUGUCUGGCGCCAUGCUAGUUCUUAGGGCUAUAGGGGAUGUGGCUCGCCCUUCUGAGUUUAGAAUGCAUCCCUGUGAGUCUUCUCUCAGGGAAAACCAACUACACCUUGGGAAGCCAGGGUUUAAGGAAAGCUGCUUCAAUAGGCAUGCUGACAGAGAAAACCAGGUGUGAGCUCGGUGAUCACAUUACCAACAUGACCUCAGCUCAGUGCGACUCAGAGCUGGACCAUGAAGUGUGAAGAGUGGAAUUUAUAAUCAGAUUCCGAGCAGAAAGGACCAGUGAGAUUCCUAGAGUCUUGACAAGCUCUCAAGCUCUCUGGGCUUCACUGAGCAGGGAGAUGUGGCCAGAAGACUUUGCGAUUAGUUUCGAUUUUGUGCCUGGUUCUGUUGCUGUCCUUUGACCAUUUUGUGGAUGGGAUAACUGAGGUCCAGAAUUUCCCCUUUAGAGCACGGGUGAGACUGGCUUGAUUUGCUUCAAAGACACUGCCCUCAGGUUUCCCACGCCUACCCUCCAACUCAAGUUCCCAUUCUUGUCACCAAGAGAUAGCUGUGUUAGUAGAGUGCUUGCUAGCAUGGGCAGGGCCCUGGGUUAAACAGCCAGUGCCCACGGGAACCUGGGACAUUAAUUCAUGCCUGUGAGCCCAGUACUGGGGGAAUCAAAGGCAGGAGGAUCAGAAGUCAAAGUCAUCCUGUUUUAUACAAGUUCAAGAGCAGCUUGGGGUAUCUGAGAGCCUGCUGUCUUUUAAAAAAGAAAACAGAGACAGACAGACAGACAGACAGACAGACACACACACACAGAGGGAGAGAGAGAGAGAGAGAGAGAGAGAGAGAGAGAGAGAGAGAGAGAGAAUAGGCAUAAAACCCGAUUUCCCUGUGUCCUUGUCUUUCUGUUGGUAGACAGAUUUCAGAACUCAGCUUCCUGGAGCCCAGGAACCCAGGCUGUUACCCCAUGAGGGGCAGGACUUACUCAGAGGUGGCAUCCUGCAUAUUGCAUUUCAAUUCUCCCUCCCUCCGUGUGAGGAAACUGCCUUUGUACCUGGAGUCUUUUAUCUGAAAGGACGGCUGGAGUGUUCAGCAGACUUGGGGGAGUGGAGAGGCACAGAGGCUGGCUGCCCACGCUCCGGGCAUGCGUGAGCACUCCCAGCAAAGCACAGCUGGCACAGCUAAUUUUAGCCUUGCCGCCGCCUUGCAGAGAAACCCUUUAAGGAAAUGUAUCUUCUCUGAAACAAUCUGUAUUAUAAUGUAGCAGCUGAUCGACAUGUCAGAAUAUUAUUACUGGGGGUGGGGGGGAUUCUGACAAGUAAUUAUGAGUUUUUGUUCAAUUUUUUUUGCAAUACUUACAAAGCCACGAAAGGAGAGAGAGAGAGAGAGAGAGAGAGAGAGAGAGAGAGAGAGAGAGAGAGAGAUUUUAUUCUCCAAUAAGCAAAUAAAAGUAAGGAUCACUUUUAUUUUAUUUUUAAGAGAUGGAUAAGGCCACAAAACAAUUAUUUGUGAUAGUUAAGUCAACCCCCUUGUACCCAGAGGUACCCAGCUGAGAAUCCCCACUUUUCCACUUUUUCUCCUCUUUUGAGCAUCCUCCAGAGCAUCCCUGGUUUCAUCUUCAGGUUCUGGGUUCAUCUGGCUUUUAAUGUGUUAACAGAUUUUGGAAAAACCUUGACUACAAUUUUCUCCCCACUUAACUAGAAAGGUUGGCAUGGAUGUGUACACACACACACACACACACACACACACACACACACACACACACACACACACUUCUCCUUUCCCCAUGCUCCCCUCGCAGGGCAGGGUCUGUUUUGUUCAGCAAUGCCAUGCCUCACCUCUGGGAACUUGGCGAUUGGAGAGGAGAAGGCAGCUUCGGAGCUUGAGAGCUCGGUCUGAGCGGGGCAGGGAGGGCUGGGCCAUGCCCCACCCAGGCACUUCGCGGACAGGCUGGGGUUCGGUUCCACCCGCGGCUCGGCUGCAGACUCUGCUCACUGUGCUUUUCCAGAUAGCUAGUGGAGAGGUGGCAGCCUCUUUCCUUCCUCCCUUUCCAUUUUCUUCUUUUUCUUUUUCUUCUUCUUUUUUUUCCCCUUGGAGGAAAUACCGCAGCCUCUGGACUGCGUGCCGGGCUCCCUGGAGAGACUCUCAGUUCCACCCACUGGCUGGAAGGAGGGGAAGUGAGUGAGAGAGGGGCAAGGCCAGCCGGAACACACCAUGUCACUCUGGGAACCAGACAGCAGCAACUAAGCCUGCACGGGUUUCUUUUUCUUUUCUUUAUUUUUUUCUUUUUCUUUUUCUUCUUUUCCCAGUUUUUUCCUUUCCUUUCUUUUUCUGUUUGCCCAUUGUUUCUUUUCUUUUCUUUUUAUUAAAAUUUAUUUUUUUUCCGUGGUGGGAAAGAGACACGGGAGAGACGGAGAGCUGUAACUGCAAGGAUUCCGAGUUGUGCUAAAGGAUUUUUUUUUUCUCUUUUUUUUCUCCUCCUUCGCCUUCACAAGCGCCUGCGAUUGACACCACUAGAGACAGGCUGGUUACAGAGCAAACUGCUUCAUCCGGACUGGACCGGGCAGCUGGGAGGAACCAGGCAGGCAAAAACUGGGGAAGCAGUCUGGGGGUUUCGCUACGGAUCUCAACCCCCAUCUCUUUGGGGUAUUUUUGGUUUUUGUUUUCUUUUUCUCUUUUCUUUUGGUUCUUUUGUUUUGCUUUGCUUUGGGUUUUUUUUUUUUUUUUUUUUUUGGUUGUUUUAAAUUCCUCACGGUGUUGGAACUAGUGAGUGCUGGAGUCUCAGAGCCUCGGCAGUCACCCGGACUGCCGGGGACAGUGGAUUAAGAGAAAGAAGCUCGCCUGCCUGGAGGCUCAUAUACCCUGUUACUCAGUUUCCUGCCUCGGAGAUAAAGAUCCCAGCUACAUGGGCAAACGCCUGGAUCAGCCACAAAUGUACCCCCAGUACACGUACUACUAUCCUCAGUACCUCCAAACCAAGCAGUCCUAUGCACCAGCUCCCCACCCCAUGGCUCCUCCCAGCCCUAGCACAAACAGCAGCAGCAACAGCAGCGGGGAACAGUUGAGUAAGACAAACCUAUACAUUCGAGGACUUCCACCAGGCACCACUGACCAGGACCUCAUCAAGCUAUGUCAACCGUACGGAAAAAUCGUAUCCACGAAGGCAAUUCUUGACAAGAAUACGAAUCAAUGCAAAGGUUAUGGUUUUGUAGAUUUUGAUAGUCCGGCAGCCGCACAGAAAGCAGUGGCAUCCUUGAAGGCAAAUGGUGUGCAAGCACAGAUGGCCAAGCAACAAGAGCAAGACCCUACGAACCUAUACAUCUCAAACCUCCCCAUCUCCAUGGAUGAGCAGGAGCUGGAGAAUAUGCUAAAGCCCUUUGGACACGUGAUAUCCACCAGAAUCCUGAGAGAUGCCAACGGCGUCAGCAGAGGCGUAGGCUUUGCCAGAAUGGAGUCUACUGAAAAAUGUGAAGUGGUAAUUCAACAUUUUAAUGGAAAAUAUCUGAAAACACCGCCAGGCAUCCCAGCCCCCAGUGAGCCUUUGCUGUGCAAAUUCGCUGAUGGAGGACAGAAGAAGAGGCAGAGUCAGAACAAGCAUACCCAGAAUGGGAGGCCAUGGCCCAGAGAAGGAGAGGCUGGCAUGGCUCUGACCUAUGACCCCACAGCUGCCCUACAGAAUGGAUUUUACUCUUCACCGUACAGUCUCGCAACCAACCGCAUGAUCCCGCAGACAUCUAUCACGCCAUUCAUUGCCGCCUCCCCUGUCUCCACAUACCAGGUCCAGAGCACGUCAUGGACGCCACACCUGCCAUACAUAAUGCAGCCAACAGGUGCUGUGAUCACACCCACCAUGGACCACCCCAUGUCAAUGCAGCCAACCAACAUCGUGGGUCCCCUGACGCAGCAGAUGAACCAUCUUUCCCUGGGGACGGCAGGAACGAUUCAAUCCCAAGACAGAAUUAUGGUACUUCACCAGCUGUUGUGUCAGUAUAUGACCGCUGCUCCCAUGCAAGGGACCUACAUUCCCCAGUACACGCCUGUGCCUCCGACAGCUGUUUCUAUUGAAACGGUGGCCCCCUCAUCCCAGGACAGCAGUGGUCAGCAGCAACAGUUAGCAGUGGACACACCCAGUGAACACGCGCCGGCAUAUUCAUUCCAACAGUCCAAACCAUAGGCAGAAGCGAGGACACUCGUCUGAACCCCUACCUUCAAUGAAGAAACGUCACUGAACAAGAAGUUAGUUGGCCUCCGGUUUGCACAGGCCCCAGGGGAACGCUUUCUUCUUUUAUUUUUAUUAUUAUUUUUUUUAUUUUAUACUUUACUCAAAGAAAACAAAAUUUUUACGUGCUGUACGAAUGGUUCCUUCGUGUGGUCUAACAGUUGUUUUUGUCAUUUUUUUUUAAUUAAGGGGAAAAUAAAUCCCAGAAAAGGGGGAUGGGGUGGUAAACAUCACAAGUUGAUGCUUUCUUUGGAAAAACAGAAUUUGCCUAAAGGUAUAAGUAGUAUUUUUUUUUAAAGUAGAAACAUCAAUGUCAAGAUUUGGGCAACCAGAAGUAUAAGAAAAUUAUUUUCCUCAGUAGUUAAGCUAUUUUUUCCUCUUCCUUUCUUGUUUGAACCUCUUGGGUUUUUUUAUAUAUAUAUAUAUAUUUUAUGUUUUCUUAGAAAUAUUUAGGUAAGGUUUAUCUUGAAUCUUAAUUGCCUUAAUUUUAAGGAUGUCAAAGGCUCCAGAGGCAUGCUUUCAGUGUCUUGUUUUUAAAAAAAAAAUAUAUAUAUAUAUAUCAAGAAAGAAUUGAGGUAUUGUGCCAGUUUUCACUGGCAUAGAAGAUGGAGACUGAGUUUUUAGGGUGGAAAAAAAAAGGAAAAAAAACUGUACAGUUUAAAGGAAAAUGUUCUUUCUUCAUUUGAAGAAAAUUUGUUGAUAAACAAAACCAAGGCAACCGCGAGAAUCGGGAAACGCUGGGACACUUCUCAUGAACUUUGACACAAUCCCUCUAAAAGGCUAAAAGACAUUUUACGGUAAAGUUAUUCAUGUUGGUUUGAAAAACAACUGCAUUAGAGAUGAUGUGUGUUUGGGGGGCAGAAUGCAGAUUUUUUUCUUUUUUUAAUUUACAAGAGCGUCGUGGUUGCUAGCGAAAGCGUUAGCGCUUUUUAUCUGCAGUCUUUUCUAUGAGCUUUGUCAGGUUCUAGUCAGCUUUGCUUGUCACAUUGCAAAACCUAGCAUAAGAGCACUCAAAACAAAAUUUUAAGUAGAUAGAAGCUUACGGUCAAAAAAGUGCAAAAAAAAAAAAUUAAAAAAAAAAAAACAAAAACCACACACACAAAGAAAAAAACAAAAACAAAAAAAAAAAGCAAUAGAUAGAGAAAUUGUUGACAAUUUCUGUAGUCUUUCUUGGUUGUGGUCAAUUGCAGCCUAUGGAUGGCCUAUUUUAUACCAAAGAUGAAAUGAGACCCUGUUACAGGCGAUGGUAGACACUGCUUUUCUUUCUUUGAAGUUUCGUUUGACCUACAUGGCCGGACCAGUUCUAACUUCAUUUAAACUACCUUCCACUAGUGUAUUAUAUAACCGCAAAAAAACAAAAAAAAAAUGUUUUUCUAAAAAUGUGUAUUUGUUGAUAGUUGAAGUUUGUUCCUAUCCUGCUCAGCCGUUUAAGCAUGAAGAAUUUGAGACCCAGUGGGAUGGAUGGAUGCGGGCGGCUUUAACUCCUGUGAGCGUUAUCAGCUCCUGGCCAGCUCUCUCAGAAGUGGAUAGGUGGCCACUGAUACACGGGGUCCUUUGUUCAAGAGGUUGCAAUGUCGUCAACGUCAUCUGAACUGCAAGCUAAGGAUGCUUCUGACGUCUGAAAGGCCACUUGUCGGAAAGUCUCGGCGAUGUUCAGCGCAGUGGGGUGUGGCCCCCAGAGAAGUUCUCACAAAUUGGUAGCAAUGUUCCUUUCAAGCACCGACAGGUUUUUGUCUUCCCACCUUCGUUUAGUUAUCGGCCCACCUCGCACAGGCGCUUUGGUUCUGUGUUUGGAAAGGGGAUGUUUUACUUUUACCCCCUUCCCCCCCACUCCCCCCCACCAAGUUGUGUUCUCAUAUCUUGAUAUUGACAGGAGAGGUGACAGAGCCCUCUUUAAAUUUCAGUUUAAUUCUCCAAGAUAAGUGGGGCCAUUAAGAUCUAAGACUCCUUCGAGUGCAGUAGGGGCAAGCUCUUAACACGCUAGUUGACAAUCAAUAAAAUUGCUUUCUUUUUAUCAACGAGAACCACGAGAGUUAGGGGUUGACCCAGCACAGAAACCAAAGGAGAUAUUUGCACUUAGGAUAAUGCAAAACUUGGCUUAAAAUGAUGUAAGUUGAUUUAGUGAGAAAGUCCUAACCAUUCCGACUCAUCGUACCUGGGAUCAACGGAUCUUGUCUGGCUGGAAGUGAGAGGCGGUGGUGUGGAGGCGGAGGUGGUGCUGUUCAUGGGAGCACUCCCAAGACUUGCUUCUGAAUGGAACACUUAAAUGAGGUAGGUAAAGCUCUGUUCUUCAGGGUUCGUCCAUCUGAGUGCAUAGGGAGGAGACAGAAACAAGCACUGAAGAGGAAAAGCGAGUAGGCUUUCAGAAACGAAACUACUUGUAAGGCAAAUCACGGUCCCAUUAGGUACCCACAACUAAGGAGUCUUAACCAGUCCGAAGGUUCAUAUUCCACCGUCUCACUAGACCCCGGUUCUCUUCUUUGCAACCCUGUGAACUGAGAGCUCACACCCAGAAAGUCACUUUCUAUGAUGGCCAACAAACUAAAUACAGAAUGGUAUCCAAGGAGACGGCGACACACUACGGAGACAGCCUGUGCUUCACCUUUAUCCUAAUGUCUUUCCGUGCUUUGGAGGGAACCUGAGAAGCCUGCAGCCUUCGGUCGCCCUGGUCAGCUCCUUGUGUGUUGGAAGGGUGGACUUGAAUUUGUCUGUGGAAAGCAAACCCUCAAGUUCCAGGGGCUCUCCGAAAACUCACUGGUGACCCCACUUUCUCUUUCUCCCUCACCUCCUCUCGGUUCUCUGUGUAUGUGAGGAUUAUCCUGGGCAUCGUUCAUUUGAAUAUGGAACCAACAUACUUUCUUGUCCUUUCUGUAAAAGUACAAAAAUACAUGUAUUCACGUGAUACAAAGAGAGUCUCAUUUGCAUAACCAAUAAUGAGGCUUCAAGGUAGCUACCAUGUGGCGGUUGAAGGUGCCUAGGGAACUUCAUGCUCAAAACUCCUGUCUUACAUAUUCACUCUGAAACAUUUCUUUCAACUUUGAAAUUUUCCUCAUCUCUUUUCUUUCAAGCCACCUCGGGCCAAAGGAAAUCAUUAUGUCCUUUUAUAUGUUCCUGUGUGUUUUAUGUUUGGGCUGUCUUGAUAGUGCCAUUCCAUAAAAUCUUUUGAGAAGAAAAAAAAUGUGGGUAUUCAAAUCGGCUCCCUCUUAUUCUGUCAUUUUUUUUUUUACCUAAGAGCAGUUUUUCAAUAGUCCGAUGUAAAAGGGAAAGAAAAGACAUCAAUUACUAAGUUGUAAUAAAAACAAGACACCACCACCACCCCCAAAAAGAAAAUACACGCAUGUGUGCAGUGCACAUGCCUGAAUCUCGACCACCACUACACAUGCUGGUCCUCAUGAGUUAGCACUAUAGUCAUUUUUAGAUUUGAAGUAAAAUUCUAGUUCUUGAGAUUGUCAAAAUAUUUUGAUUUUAUUCCCUUUUAUUACCCCAUCCUGGAUUUAGGAAACCAACUAGAGCCACAGUCCAAACAAGAUAAAUACCCUGUCAUCUAAGUGCUACAAAUUUCUGUCAGGACAGUGGAUGUCUUCGAAUAAUGACAAAGGCAUCAGGGGAGGCCAAGUGUGUGGUGACUGGUAGCUGUUUUCACUUAAGGACCCCAGGACAGAACCUGUGUGAGCUAGUGGUAAUAUCAGCAGGUGCUGAAGAUUAAAAAUAAUUCCUUAGUUUUUAUUUUUUUAAACCUUUUUUUAAUGGUUGGAAUAUCUAUUUAAAAAAAAAACAAAACCUACGUAUCUUUUCUAUUAAUUUAAAAAUCCCCUUCACUGAAGAGUGGGAUUUGGUCUCAACAGGGUCCUUGCACUCUUCUUCAUGAUUGAGAUGUUUGGAUGGGACAUCUGCAUAGACUGUGAUAUUAAUAGGCUAAAAAAUACUUUUGACAAUCCAGUCUCAUCCGCCUGAGUGCAAAGAACUGCAGGUGAUCUGAAGACUGAAGAGGAAGUCUUACGUGAGCCUCAGUGGAAAGCCGGUGAUUUCAAACUAGUGAGACCAUAGGAUCAAAAGUCACCCGGAAUGGCUUUCAGCAUCAUAAGCGAUCACACAUCACAAUAUAAUAUAAUCAUGUCACAGAACCUUGCUCUAUUUUAGCUCGACCACAGUGUGGAGCAAAGAAUACGGUUUUUUGUUUGUUUGUUUGUUUGCUUGCUUGUUUUUUGUUUUCGUUGUUUUGUCAUUGAGACUGAUAUGCUGAACAUUUAUUUUGAGCCCACUGACCUUGACAGAUUCUCUGGAACCCCAGAAUUGGCAGGCACCUUGAGUCCAUUUCCCUAACAUGGGGUUUCUUUCAUCCACGAAUCAACUCAUUUUACAGUUUCGGUGUUGUACGGUGGUUGGUCUGGUUUGAGAUUAACAUUUCUUACCCAUACAAAAGUGGACCCUUCAACCACUCACCAUCUGUCUCAGUCAUCCUUUGUGAUGACCUGGAGUUUAGCAAAGAAAAAAGCUGAGUAAGAAGUGGCUCCAAGUGGCUCCACGAUUUAAGAAACUGGGUUCAGCGAAGAUUUCUGAUUUCUGAUUUCUACUGUUUUUGAGGCAAUACCCCAACUUGUAACAUGCAGACAUAGUCGCUGUCACAGAAAGGGCUGGAUGUCUUCUAGGCAGUAAGAGCCAUGAAGUUCUGGGCAGAAAAUUAGCUAGCGUGCUGGGGGAUUCAUUUCAGAGCUGAACAGAGCUUGGGGUUUCAAAAAGAAAAGCAAAAAAGAAAGUAAGACCAGAGUCACCUGGGAGAUUUUCUUAACACUGCUCCAUUUCAAAGAAAUAUAAUCACUGUCCAUACCCAAAGGGCUAGCUAACUAGUUUGUGGGGGUGUUUUGUCUUUUCUUCUCAAUGACUGGCCCUGUUAACCUUAGCAUCUCACUGCGUGGGUGGACAGAAAAAACCCUGAAAAUAACAGCUCACACCAGUCUCUCUUGCUUCUCAAGUACUGAUGUGUCUAGGGAGUUUUAAUCAUUACUGAAAUCAGUCUCCACACAGAAUACACUAUGAAUUUCAACAGUCUAUAAUGUCCUCUUCCUAUCCACCACACACAAUCUGGAGCUGGCUGCAUGCUUGCAAAACACAAAUGGAAAAAUUAUAAGAACAAACUUGGCUCCCCUUAAAAGAAAGCUACUUUGGCACCAUUCUCUUGACUGAAACUCAAACCAGGAAAACAAAAAAAGAUCAACACAUUCUCUAUCAGGAGAAAAAUAAGGUCAUUCUGGCUAAAUACACAGUUUUAAUCCCCUUCUUAAAUCUUUUGACAACAAAAAUAUAUCAUUUUUAUUUUUGUUGUUGUUGUUUCUAUUUGAAUCUGUUACUGUGUUAAGACUGAAAGUUACUCGUAUCCUGAGGCAUAAUUUUAUGGCCAUUAUGUACCUAAGUAAAAAGUGUAGCAUUAGUGUUACUCUUUGGACUUUAAAACCUUUGGUCCAACAUUGUUAAUAAAGAUGCUCUCUCCUCCUCUCCAAAUGUGUUAGGUCCUCACAGGUAAAAAGAAGUGAGCUGUUCCAUCCCUGUUAGGAAUAGUAAAAUUGUUUCAAAGAGUCAUUGGGUAUCCAAAAUCACACUGUUCUCCACUCUGGAAACAAUCUGUCCCCAUUAACUUAAGAAAAUCAUUGGAGGGGGAGGGGAAAAAAAAAAAAGAAAAUCAUUGGAAUCUUAAUUUUUAAGCUCUGGGUGAAAGUACUUCAGUUUCUAGGAAAGUGUGACAGGGCUUUCUCUUUAAAAGCCUUGGUUUAUGUCGUCAUCCUCAGCUUCGUGGACCUCCCAAAACACCCUUUCGAGAUUUUAUUUAAGGGCAUCUUUGUAUUGCUGUCUCUGAUUGUCAUGGAGAGUUCUGUAAUCCUGUGGCGUUUGGUUUUAUUUCUAAGUUCUUUCAUGUGUAUCAUGGUCACGUUAGAUACCAUUUCCCCUGUUUCCUGGGCUCUCUGUAGAUCAGUGGAUAUUAGGUUUCAAUUUCUGUUUUCUUUGAUGAAGCUUUCAAUAAAAAAUGGAAAUAAAAUCAACAAA